AUGCUCUCCGCCGCCAAUACCAAAUCCCACACAGAGAGCGAUGUCAUGGCCCAAGACAUCGCAAGCGAGGCCGAAAACGUCGGUUUCCACCGCUGGAAACCCGUAACUGCAUAUCCCGGUCCCUACACUCUUUACCGUUCUUCCUCUCCCAACUACAUUUCUCCUCCAGGCGAUCCUUCCCAGUUCAUCAACGCAAAAGGCAUUGCAUUCUUGCACAAACACAAGAUCGGCCACGUGAUUUGUCUCAACGGCGAUGAACCGAGUUGUCUCAAGAUUGAAGCCGAAUUGACCAAUGCCAAUCCACGAAUCAUCUACACACAUCUUCCCGUGCCAGAUUAUACUCCGCCGUCUCUGGAUCAGAUGGAAACGGCCUAUCAAGAGUAUUUGAAUGCAAAAGUACCCACGCUCGUUCAUUGUGGGUAUGGGCAUGGGAGAACGGGCACAAUGAUUACGGCAUUGCAGUAUAAGAUUGAGAAGGCAAAAGGGAAGACCCCGAAUUUUAGGGAUGUAGAUUAUGCCAAGAACUACGUGGAGAAGACCCAUUACGGGAGAUCCACAGGACAGUAUGAAAUGUUGAACUUGCUGCAAGGGAAGAAGUGA